UACGUUUAUAGCACGCGAUAUUUUCUCGGAAUGUGAACUCGAACACAAACAACUAUUGAUCGAGGUAUAUAUAUAUUUCCCUCAGGAUUGUAAGUUGCAAGCGUUCAUGAAACUUUUGAAGUUGGCGCAGGCGCUCAUUCGAACAGAACCAUAUUGCCGUAUGUACCGUCCUGCUCCAGUCGCGUAUGUCAGUACUGCCCAUCGCGGCAGUGCAUCGAACGCUUUCGCAAAGCGAUCAUGACAAAUACAAUAGUGUUAAAAAACGUCAAAUCCAAAAGUGACCACGAUUACAGUCUUAAACUGAAUCGAUGGUAUCUCAAACCAAUAGGCGCUUGGCCGCUAGCAAGCACGUCGAGCGCUGCCGAGAAAGUCGUAGUGUUAAUACAGAUUCUCGUUUGCUGGGUGGUAGUAUGUUUUAUAGUGAUACCGUGUACGUUAUAUUUAUUUUUCGAGAAGGAGAGCAUCCGAUCAAAAGUGGGCGCCGUAGCUCCACUGCUUAACAGAUACAUGGGCUUGAUGAGUUACUGGAUGCUACUCCAACAUAGCGGUAACAUUCGCGAUUGUAUAGAGCACAUAGAGAUGGAUUGGAGAUCGGCACAAAAAGCCAGUGAUCGUGAAGUGAUGCUGCAGCACGCCAAAUUCGGUCAACUUAUCGCCUUGAUUUGUGGAAUUAUUAUGCAGGGUGGUACGUUUCUUUAUGGUAUAGCCAAAGCGGCGAAAACUGCAACCAUAAUUGUCGGCAAUGAGACUAUCACAAUGCAUCCAAUGACGUGUCCAGCGUAUAGCAAAAUCAUCGAUACGAGAUUCAGCCCUGUAAACGAGAUCGUGCUGAUCAUACAGAUUCUGUCGACGUUCAUUGUAAGUUCCUCAACAGCUGGUAUCUGCAGCUUAGCCGCUGUCUUCGCGAUACACGCUUCUGGCCAGUUAAACAUACUGUACAUGCGAUUAGAUGAACUCACUAAGAAUCGGAAAGAAGAAAAUCAUGUAGCCGAACAGAGAAUAAUCGACAUCGUAGAGCAUCAUCUCAGAAUAUUGAGUUUUAUAGCACGUGUGGAGAAUAUUAUGCAUAAAGCCUGUCUCGCACAACUAACGGGAUGUACCGUAAUUUUAUGUUUACUUGGGUAUUAUAUCCUCAUGAAUUGGGGUAUAUUUGAUGCAGCACAAAUAUCAUCUUACAUUAUUGUAUAUGUAUCCAUUACUUUCAAUAUUUUUAUAUUUUGCUACAUCGGCGAGAUUCUCACUGAAAAGUGUAAGCAUGUCGGUCAAAUGGCAUAUAUGACUAAUUGGUACAACCUACAUCACAAAAGUGCACGUGAUCUCGUCUUGAUAAUCGCACGUUCGAGCAACGUGAUCAAAAUAACUGCAGGAAAAUUAAUUCAAUUGUCUAUUGCAACUUUCGGCGACGUAUUUAAGACUUCUUUAGCAUAUUUGAAUAUAUUGCGAACGAUGACAAUAUGAAACAUAAUAUCUAAGUUAACAUGUGUACAAAAUAUAUAUUUUGUAUAA